AUGUUCUUGAAGCUCCUCACCAUCAUCUUCUUCGUCAAUCUACUCUCUCAACUCAUAAAAUCCUCUUCCCAAUUUCUCGACAACUUCACUUACAAUGGCUUCCACCCUCCAUUAAGUCUCAUAUCCCUCCAAGGAAUCGCUAGCGUCACACCCAGCGGUCUAUUAAAGCUAACAAAUACAACAUCGCACCAAACCGGUCACGCCUUCUAUAACAAACCAAUCCGGUUCAAAGAUUCUUCAAACAACACCGUGUCGUCUUUCUCCACAACAUUUGUCUUCGCCAUCCGCUCUCAGUUCACCACACUUAGCGGCGACGGCAUCGCCUUUGUCGUAGCUCCUAACCCCAGCCUCCCGUUCGCAAAGUACGGUCAAUACCUAGGACUCUUCAACCCAUUGAACAACGGUAAUGAAACGAAUAAUAUAUUCGCUGUUGAACUAGACACAAUCCAGAAUAACGAGUUCAAUGAUACAAACUAUAACCAUGUUGGGAUCGAUAUCAAUAGCUUGAAGUCAGUGAAAAGUUCACGCGCAGGGUAUUGGGACGAGAGAGGUCAGUUUAAGGAUCUUACUUUGAUUAGUGGUAAGCCAAUGCAGGUUUGGGUUGAUUACAAUGGUCGUACCCAUCAGAUCAACGUAACAAUGGCUCCGUUUAGAAAUGAUAAACCUGCAAAACCGCUUGUCUCUACUGUCAGGGAUCUAUCCCCUGUUCUUUUGCAAGAUAUGUUCGUAGGUUUCUCGUCUUCAACUGGUUUAAUUAAGUCAGAACAUGUUAUCCUUGGGUGGAGUUUUCAGGUGAAUGGGAAAGCUCCCCCAUUAGCCUUACAGAGACUUCCAAAAUUGCUAGAGUCGCAGCUCAGGAGAUCCGGAAUCUCACCGUUUAUUCCAGUGUCGGUUCCUCUUGUGUUUAUCCUUUCAAUCAUCUUCCUUGUGUGCUUCAUAUUAAGGAGGAGCAGGAGAAAGUUUUCAAAGAAGCUAGAAGAUUGGGAAACAGAGUUCAUGAAGAACCGACUCAAUUUCAAAGACUUGUACUAUGCCACCAGAGGAUUCGAUGAGAAGAACCUUCUUGGAGUUGGCGGGGUUUUGCUGGUGGAUUGGGUUUUUGGAUUUUGGAAUGAGGGAAACAUUCUCGAUGCUAAGGAUCCCAAACUAGGGACAGAGUAUGACCAAAGGGAGGUUGAAAUGGUUUUGAAGCUAGGUUUGUUGUGCUCUCACUUCAACCCCCAGGCUAGACCAACCAUGAGACAAGUGUUAUAUUACCUAAGUGGAGAUGCAAUGUUACCAGAACUUUUGCCUUUGGACUUGCGUGGGAGCGAGAUGAUGUUGGGAACCCACCACCGACCUAGCGAGAUAGGCAUGUUUACAUGUGAAUCUUCGAUGGUUGAUUCUGUACUCUCUAGUGGGAGGUGA